AUGUGGAACGCGUGUGGGCAACGACACACAGUUUUACUCAGGACCGAUGGCACGGCCGUGGCCCGCGGCGAGGUUUACGGCGGCAGGUGCGACGUCCCGGCGCUGGGGACGGCCAACGUGCAAGACGCGAUGGACGAGGACUACGUGGAGUCGUUGGCCGCGCAGGUGCCCGCGCUGAUCGCGGGCCAGACCUACACGCAAGUUGCGGCUGGUGAACAUCACACAGUGUUGCUGACGAGCGGCGGGGCGGCGGUGGCAUGCGGCCACAAUGACCGCGGGCAGUGCGACAUCCCCCCGCUGGAUGAGGGCUCGACUUACACACAAGUAGCCGCUGGGGGGCUCCACGCGGUGCUGCUCAUGAGCGAUGGCACCGCCGCUGCUUGCGGUUCGAAUGAUUUCGGACAGUGCGAUCUCCCAGCGCUGCGCGGCGACCAAACCUACACGCAGGUGUCCGCUGGAGCUGAUCACACGGUGCAGUGCCGGGGGGAGCGGUGCUGGCUGUUGGUGGUUGGUGACCCCGCAUCAAUCGCAUCAAAGGCGAAUCCAGCCGUAGCGACUAGAACGCUCGAGGUGCUGCUCACAUCCGACGGCAUUGCCGUGGCUUGCGGUACCAAUGACGAGGGCCAGUGCGACAUUCCAGAUGGCCAGUACACGCCCUCAUUGAGGGAGGUCCACGUCUUGCAGGCGGUCAUCGACGGCGGCUCGAUGCGCUUCCUGACCUUCGAGGGGGUGGAACGCUUCGUGGCGAGGGCAGCGCCUGACACUCCCCUUGCAGACGUCUACAGCCAGCUCUUGGCCGCCCACUGCGCGCGCAGGCUGUUCGGCGGACCUGCGGGGCGGGUCGAGGCCGUGCUGCCCGGGGGGCGACUGCUCAGCAACGCCGCAUCGGCCAAGGAGACGGUCGCCAGCGCCACGUCGGCAACGUAG